GAUCACAAGAUGGAGGAUUUCCCUAUACUGGAUGAAAAUUACUCGUGAUUUAGAGUAAACAAAAACUAGAGGGAAAUAAUAGUUCCACUUGCGUUUUCAUUGUAUAGAUUAAGAUAAAUUCGUCAAUGAUAUCAUAGGUAGCUAUGUAGCAGAGGAAAAAAAAGUUUUGAGCGGAAACAUUGGCAGGAAUUUUCCUCUACUUUAGUUUUCGAAAACGGAAGUUUGAAAGAGAGAUAAAAAGAAUGGAUGACCCGUUAGGAGCUCGUUCAGACUGUGUGGAGCUUGAUGAAUUGACGCGAUGGAACUUAACGCAGCUGCCAAUGACGUCAGAGGAAGAUAAAGAUGCUGAAAUCUCCCCGUUUCCUUGGAAUAAUAAUUUAAACUCCAAAAUUAUUCUGUGGUGUGGUGAUAUUACUCGUCUUGUGGUGCAUGGGAUUGUUAACCUGACCAACGAAAGAUUGGAUGCCAAACUCCCAGAAACAGAAACUAUUUAUAGGAAAGGUGGACCUGAUUUAGUGGCGGAAAUCAGGAACAAUGUCAGAAUAUGUAAGACAGGGGAGGCAAAGACUACCAAAAGACACAAACUGCCGGCUCGAUUUGUGAUCCACACGGUGGGACCCAGGUAUAACAUCAAAUACAUCACGGCGGCCGAGAGUGCUCUGUUCAGCUGCUACAGGAGUGUUCUCAGGCAGGUCAGGGAGCACCAGAUGAAAUCUGUGGCCAUUCCCUGUCUUCACUCCAUGAGACGAGGCUAUCCUACAGAGGACGGGGCCCACAUUGCCAUUAGAACAAUUCGGAGAUUCCUGGAGAAAUUUGGAGAAGAUAUUGACACAGUGAUAUUUGUUUGUAAUGAGGACACAUUGGACACUUACAUGAAAGUUCUGCCACUGUAUUUCCCCCGCAGCUGUAAAGAGGAAGUGGAGGCAAUAAAAUGUCUACCGGAGGACAUCGGUAAUGAAGACGGUGAACCAAUCAUCCCAGAGAGACAAAUCAGAAUCAUGGACAAACCCAUGCUGGCCUCCAUCAGAAGCAGUCAGGGUCUGGAGGAACUAGAGGAGACGGUGGAUUUAAACAAGGAGUUUGGAACAUCAACAGUGGUGGAGGUGGGUCGACAUCCAUUUGCUCAGAUGCAGAGUGAUCCUGAUGAACUGAAAAUGUCCCAUCUGACUGGUCACUCAACAGCUGAGCAGAGGCGACUAGAAAAUAAACGAAGGUAUGAGAGACUACUGAAGAGAUCUAAGAUGGAUGACCUGACAGACAUUGCAGCCCUGAAGUGUAUCUACAGGUCAGGGGUGGACCGAUUCGGCCGACCCGUCGUCAUUCUAGUGGGAAAACAUUUCCCAGCCAACUCAAUAAAUAUGGAGAGGGCUUUACUGUACCUGAUUCGUGUGAUGGAACCUAUCGUUGAGUCGGACUACGUCGUCGUAUAUUUCCACACUCAGACAACAGCUAUCAAUCAUCCCGACAUGUCGUUCCUAAAACAGAUUUACUGUAUCCUAGACAACAAGUACAGGAAAAAUAUGAAGUCUUUUUACAUCAUUCAUCCUACUUGGUGGUCAAAGUUGGCGACUUGGUUUUUUACUACGUUCACGGCGUCAGACAUUAAGAAUAAGGUGAUCAGUAUGCGGGGUAUACAGUAUUUGUAUGGCACAAUCUUCCCAGAUCAGCUGGACAUUCCACCCUUUGUCAUCAACUACGAUAUUGAGGUGAAUGGUCCCCGCUAUUAUGAACCUCCCAGUGUAGAUGAAGUGGAGGCUUUGUGAUGAGGGCUUGGAGUAGUCGUUACUUUACACUAUAGAUGUCAUAACAAGGUCACGGGAUCUACAGAGACACUGGCCACUAAACAUAGGCUCAUUCCAGAAGAUUGACACAUUCUUGAUCUCUACUUUGUUCUACAAAUCCUUAACACAUUGCUAUGGCAACUGAUAAAUACUCAGGAUUGUUUGUUAUUGAAUGUGGUGUACAUGUGUUUUGUUAUUUUUUGUUUUGUUCAUUAAGUGUCCUUUGUAAUUUAAUAAUGAUUAAUACUUGCUAUUUAAUAUUUGCUAUUUGUUUAAAUUUGAUAUAUAUGUAACUAAUUUUGAUUUUUUUAUCCAGAGAGAGAGAGAGAGAGAGAGAGAGAG